UCCAUAAAAGGAGGAGACGCUGCGGAAAGGGCCAGCAAUUACGUCUGGCAACAGAAAUGCGCAACACCAUUGUGACCAUCGUCUGCCUCCUGGCCCUGGGGGUCGUCUCCGCCACCGAUUACUGCAAAAAGAGCUGCGGCGGCACUAAAAACCUGGGAUGCGACAAUAAUGGGGCAUGGGACUCUAGCUGCCCCUCGGACGCCACGCUGCUGACCCUCAGUGCCGCAGAGAAGCAGGCCAUCGUGGACAGGACGAACGAGUACCGAAACAUUAUCGCUGGGGGUUUGAACGCCAACCUGAGUGCCGCGUGCCGCAUGGCUACCAUCAAGUGGAACGACGAACUGGCCUACCUAGCCUCCCUCAAUGUGAAGAGCUGCGCCAUGCGCCACGAUGGAUGCCACAACACAGACGCUUUCGACUGGUCCGGUCAGAACCUGGCCUGGAUGGGCUGGUACAGUCCCCUCAACGUGACCCAUUACGUACAGUGGGGCGUCGAUAUGUGGUACGGCGAAGCAGUCUACACAAAGCAGGCCUACAUUGACGCCUACCCCUCGAACUACCAGGGUCCGGCCAUCGGUCACUUCACCGUCCUGGUGGCGGACCGGAACACGGAAGUAGGCUGUGCAGUCUCUACCUAUUCCGUGUCCGGCAAGCCCUACAAGGCCUUCCUCAUGGCCUGCAAUUACGCUGCUACCAACGUCCUGGGCAUCAAGAUGUACAGCUCUUGCCCCAAAGCUCCCGCCUCCAAGUGCACAACGGGAACCAAUCCCAACUACAAGUACCUGUGCAGCUCCAAAGAGGUCUACGACGUCAACAAUCUCUUCUAUUAAUUGGGAAGUUUUCUCGAAAAUAAACGCAUAUAACGGCAGCAUAUCCGGCAGCUAA